AAAAUUUUAGACAUAGCCCGUAAUAUUUAUCUCCCGUGGCAAAUAAAAUAUGGCGGCGAGACGCACGUUCAAAUCUCCAAAAUUCAAAGUUUAAUGCAGUAUCUUACGUCAUCUUGCCAAGCAGUUAGGAACAUUAUAUUAACGUAAAUAAGUAAAGAGUUGUUCAUUCACUGAAGUCUUGAACAUUGUCGAUUGAUAGCUGAACAAUUGUUGUAUUGAAGACUGAAGUUAACUUAGAUAUACUGUUACCAUGGCAACACCGGACAUGGAAGUCAUUAAAGAUAUACCUGGCUACAAGGUCAUACUGAAGGCUAUAAUCAAGAGCCAGAUACAACAACUGGUAGAACAGUUGGCUAGUACGACUGAGGAAGAAUCAGUUAUCCUAACAGCAAGUGUAGCAGAUGGAACACUUUGUCACCUCGGUUCAGACUCGGGUAAAGUUUUCCUCGAGGAUCACGAGGAUAUCAAAUCUCAGUUCCUUGGCUUCUGUCUGAAAAGACAUCAUAAAAAGAAACAAGAACAAGAAAGAAAAGAAGCUCAGGAGAAAGAAGAAGCUCUGGCUAGAAAUAUGCAGGCAGUUACCCCACCUAGAUAUGACGGUAUGGGUAACAGAAUGGGAUUCAUGUCUCAACGCUCACCUAGAUUCCAAUCACCACGGCAACAAGGACCUCAUCCUGUAUCUAUGAGUAGAGUGGCAUCCCGUGGCAGAGUAGUGAUAUCUGGUAACAGGCAUCAGCCUUAUUCAAUGGCCCGUCCUGCACGACCAACAUUAAGUUUUGAUCAACAAGUGCGUUCACCUGCGCAGGGGCCUGGUCCUAUGGUAACUCCAGUACGUAACACUAAACUUGAUGGACAAGUCAUUAAAAUAGAACCAGAAGAUGAAGAUGAAAAGUCCAAUCAAAGUGCAAAUGAAAAUACAAAUGUUCAAAGUGAUGUAAAAACUAACAUAUCUGAAUCUAGUCAACCAUCCUCUCCAUCUAUCAAACCAUCCACACCCUCUCAAACACAAGGACCUUCAGCAUCAGAUAAUGAAGAUGCUCGGUCAGAAUCAUCGUCAUCAACCAUUCCAAAUGAAGCAUCAGAUCUCAAAUUUAGUGACACUAACCCAGCUGCGGGUCUUAGUUUAGAUUCAGAUCUCUCCAACAUAUUACCAACAGAUAGUUCUGUGAAUGAACCUUCUACUUCACAAGGAAAUGAACAAGGAACAAUGGAAGGAUUAGACCCAAAUAUUAGUGUAAAACUUGAAGCGUUUGGUGAUUCAGAAAUGGAUUUAGAAAUUACGGGUGUGGAGUUAGGUCAAAAUACUUUAACACAAGAGCAAAUGAGCUCACAAGAAUGGAUGGCAAAUGUUCAAAAUGUAAUGCAAGGAGCAUCAGGCAGUUCUGCAGAUAUGGCAGGUCAACAAGGCUACAGAUUCCAGAGGGUAAUGCUUUUUAUGUUGAGUGACUUGAAAAAAGAAAUUUUGUCACUUAAAUCUGGAAAAAGGCGAGCUGAAAAUGUUCUUGACAGUUAUGAAAUUAAUCAAGUGGAAACAUUGGAGGAUUUAAAGGAAUUAGAAGUAAAGAUUAAAAUCCCAGAGGAAAGAGUAAAAAUGGUAAAGACGCUGUCAAUGAUUGGAGGGUUGACCUUGAGAGACAUUGUCAAAAAAAUAAUGGAGAAGUUGAUGUCUAAUGAACUGAUGUCCAAAUUUAACAUGGCGGGAAACAAACAAAAGUUGUCAUUCAAAGCUUCACCAGUGUGUGGACUAGUUAUCUCCAGCGUUAUGAGGUCACAAGUUACAGACAGUUAUAGUACAAAUAUAACAGAACAUGACGUCACAAAUGCAAUUAUGAUGUGCCUAAAGUACGCCCCGGAUCGUCCUGGUGGAAGUGGCCGUCCUUGUGGAAAUGUCCGUCCUAUUGGAGGUGGUCGUCCUUGUGGAGGUGGGCGGAGAAAGCAGUAUGAUUAAGAUAACAUACAUGUAUUAGAGAACGUUCGCCGUUAAUAAUGAUUCGAAACAUCGCAUUCAUAGUAACUUGUAAGAUUUUGAAACAAACAGCUAUUAUUUUUUGGAAAUGCUAAAGGAAGAACAUCAGAUUACUCAUACAAAAGUUAGGUAGAAACGGCAUACAUGUGUGUAUAUUUUGAACUGUAGGUGAUUACUUUCUGUGGAAUUUUGUAAAUAUUUAUACAUUAUGUAAAUUUCUUAUUUUCAUCAAAUAAGUUGUGCGUAUAUUUAGGUAACUAUUAGUUAUAGUACAGAAAUGAACAACUUAUUUGAUAUCGAUCACAAAGAACUUUUUUCCUGGAGGUGUUAAGUGUAUUUAUGGAUAGCACUUUGCAUUGCUUUGAGAUAUUGACGUCAGUGUAAACAUGACAUUAAUUUAAAUGAUUUUACUAUUAUACGAGUAUUUAAUAAGAAAUGAACUGCUUAAAUUUGAUGGGACAAACUAUAAUCAUACUAGUAUGAAAUGUAUAGAAUUAUUUCAAUUUUACUUUGAAAUUAAAGCAUCUAGCUUCCUUUCAUUGAGGUUCAAAGGUUAGGAUCAAAAUUAAAACUCAAAUAUGCUCUAGUGCUUGUACUUCUAGGUUUAAUAUUCAUUAUGAAUGUUUGCAGUUUUUUAAUUUCUUUAUUUAAUGUACCUGUAAAUAUAUUUCUUGCAUAUCAGACAGGAUUAUCUACCGCUUACACCGGUGCUAGAAAACCCUGUCUUACACCCCCCAUGUAAGACAAGCUAAGUCGCGUGUUUUAAAUGACGUCAUCGCCGUUUGCCUUUUAUGAAUAAAUUGUGUUCUUAGGAUGACGUCAUUUGACCUUUAAUGAAUGAAGUUGUAAGUUCAUAUGCUACUAUAAGAAAAAAGUGCGUAAUAAGAAUAUCAGUUUUCGUAAUUUCCUGUUCUGAAAAUAAUUGAUAUGUAAUAUGCAAGAAAAAGAAUCAAACACUGGCUGUCGGUACAGACGGGAAUAUCUAGCUCUCGGGUAACUGCUUAGCGGAUUUCAGCAGAGCCUCGUUACCGCUGUAAACAGUUACCCUCGAGCUAGAUAUUCCGGUCUGAACAGACAGCCAGUGUAAGAUUCUUAUAUUCUUGCAUAUCAGACAGGAUUUUCUACCAUUUACGUCGGUGCUAGAAAACCCUGUCUUACACCCCAAUGUAAGACAAGUCGCGUGUUUUAAAUGACGUCAUUGCUGCGUGCCUUUUAUGAAUGCGUUCAUAGGAUGACCGUCAUUGUUUCCGUUAUGAAUGAAGCUGUAAUUUCAUAUUUCAUAAUUUCGCUACUGUAAGAAAAAAGUGCGUAAUGAGAAUAUCUGUUUUCGUAAUAUUUAUUCCGAAAAUAAUUGACAUGUAAUAUGCAAGAAAAAGAAUCAAACACCGGCAGUCGGUACAGACGGGAAUAUCUAGCUCUCGGGUAACUGUUUAGCGGAAACUCGACAGAGCCUCCUUACCGCCGUUAACAGUUACCCUCGAGCUAGAUAUUCCGGUCUGUACCGGCAGCCAGUGUAAAAGUCUUAUAACAUUGUAUAUAUUUUUUCUUUGGCUUCUGUAAUUGUCAACACUGUGUAUAAUGACAUUUUUAGAAUAAUAAUGAAUGUUUGAUGUGUGAGUUUUGUUAAAGGGUUUUAAGUUACUUUCUGAAGUUAAGACAAACAUCCUGUCCAAAAUGUAUGUUCUUCAGCUCCAUUGGCAGUUAUAUCACAGUGGAUAACACAGUCUACUUCCUGUUGUUUCUUGCGCAAGAAAAGUAAUGAAAAGUUCAAAUAUUUAGGCUCCAAAGAAAAUGGUAUUAUAACCAGACGUAUAAUAAUUAAUUUGUAGUUUUUAUAUUGUUUAUAAUUUGUAACUAUAUAGGACAGAAAUGUAAAGUGAUAAAUUGUGUCACUUUUGUACAAAUUAAGGAGGUUAAAGUAAUAAAUUGUGUCACUUUUGUACAAAUUAAGGAGGUUAAAGUAAUAAAUUGUGUGUCACUUUUGUACCUAGUAAGGAGGUUAAAGUGAUACACUGUGUGUUGUUUUCAAUAUUCUAAGUGUAUAUAUGAUAAAAUGGAAAAUCAUAUUUUUGUAGAUUUCAUAUUUCAUUUAUCAAACUCGUUUGCUUUACUGCAUGCUGUUGUAUUGUUUGAUUCACACUAAUUUAGUAUUUUAUAUUAACGUAAAAGGUGUCUGCCUUUAAAGAUUACAUACAUCAUUAAACACUACAUCUUCAACAGUUUAGCUGACUAAGUAAAUGUCGUGUAUACCCCUAACACAGGAAUGUGAAAAAACAACAACAAAAAACAAACAAACAACAACAACGCAGGAGUGCAAUAGUAACGCCGAUAUAAUCAUCACGGUGAACUGUUGAACAUUUCAUGGGUUAUUUUCAUGACUUUGGUUACACUAUGUUUUACUAAAAAGUUUA